CGUUUCGUUCGCUCGAUGCCUGCUGGUUUUGCGCUACCGUUGCGCUGUUUCGUUGCUCCUUCCGAUUCCCGAUCCGGAGGAUUACGUUCGAGCGGGCCACUGCUGAGUUGCGUUCUGGUGGUGAUAGAUGUGCGUGUAGUUGGUGUUUUUCUUUUUAAUUGGCAAUCGUUGAGAAUCUGUGACUGUUGAUGGCCAGUGGAUAUGUGGGAUAAUUUAAUUAUAAUUUGAGUACACUUCAAUGAUCGAUGAGCUUGCGGUGACAAAACAGUGAAAUUGUUAAAGCGAAUCAGUUUUCAGCAAGGAAGGAAAAUCUUAUUCGCGUGUGUCAAGAUAACUAAAACGAAAAUACUUUCAUCAGAGAAGUGAUGAAAAAUGUUCUACCAUGAGGAUUAGAGUUAAAUUUAAAAUCCACUAAGAACGGCGUAAAGUGAUCGCGAAAAAUUGGUAGUUGUAUCAUACUCGUGAGCGUGUUUCAAAAGUUUUAGUUUUGCAGACAAAGACUGAUACUGCUUUAAGAUGUCAGGACUAUCGACAGAUGCGAUUUCUACUCUUCGUGCUUCUGAGAUAACCCUUGCCGACGGGUUUUUCGAUUACAGCAAGUACCCCCUAAGUACUCUCGGUGCAGUCGAAGAAAUGCCACACACCGGUCAAGCAGGUGUCAACCAACUCGGAGGCGUAUUCGUCAACGGCAGACCCCUACCUGACAUUGUCCGCCGGCGGAUUGUGGAACUAGCACUGAUGGGCGUUCGACCCUGUGACAUUUCCCGGCAACUUCUGGUGUCCCACGGUUGUGUAUCAAAAAUCCUCACCCGAUUCUACGAAACCGGCUCGAUACGACCGGGGUCGAUCGGGGGCAGCAAAACUAAGCAAGUGGCUACUCCGACGGUUGUGAAAAAAAUUCUCCGCUUUAAACAGGAAAAUCCGGGCAUGUUCGCGUGGGAAAUUCGCGACCAGCUGCUCUCCCAGCGGAUAUGUGACCCCAACACGAUACCAUCGGUUAGUUCCGUCAAUCGGAUACUAAGGAAUGGCGGUCUCUGGACGGAUGAUAUGACGUCGAAUGAGCAAAUGAUGCGUGACUCUUCCCACUCGUCGUCCUACAUGACUACCAAAUCCAUGCAGCACCCGCUGUCGUAUAGUCAAACCCUGGAACAGCAUCAUGCCCUCCUCAGCCAGUACCGCUACAGCAUGGCCUCGGCAGUAUCUCCGAGUGGUAAACCAAUGCAUGCCCAUCCCUACCAACCGAAUCCAAUAUCUGGAAAUCCACCGGUUCAGAAAACUGCAGCCGUAAAUAUUAUCCAACACGAAGGACUAACGCCAACCAAAGUGGACCCUACCAAACACCAGCUACCGGCACAAGUGUCCCCUAAAGGUGAAUCAAAAAGUGAACCAUCUUCUUCGGCGAGUACUCCUGCAGCGAUAUCUCCUCAAAUGCCCUACCUGCCGAAACACUGGAUCUGGAACACUAGCUUGUUCUACGCAGCAAACCGAAGUGUGGUCGCUGGAGCCGAUACUGCAGCCACGUUCCCACAUGGUUAUUUCACCUACGGCAAUCCAUUCGCCACUUCGGGAGGAUUUGCCGUUCAACGGGAUAGCUACAGAAAUGAUGGUACAAGUUCCAAUACCAGUUCGUCGCCGGUUCAAAUCACCGAUGUAAAUUCGGAUGAUUCCUCUGAUAAUCACGAUGAUCUUAGGGCAAGUAUGUCAAAGAAGCGCAACCCGUACUCGAUUGAAGAACUGCUCAAGAAACCCGAAAAGCGCCAAAAGCUUGACUCGGUAACCAUAACCUGUGUGACACAGCGAGGCCGUGACGAUUACCAUUCCCCAUCGACUUCGCCCUCCAAAUCGGCAUCUCCACCGAUGUCCCACUACCCAGCUUCGGUCGACGAAGGCAUCAGUCUGAUCAAGUCUAAAACGGACGAGAGCAGUGUGAACAUUGAAAUUUGUGAUUAAGCAAGCUGUACAUUCCCUUACUUGCCAUCUAAUCCUUAGUGUUUGUUAAACUAGUGUUGUACGUACUGUUAUCUUAGGAGAAUCUCUUUGUACAUAGCGCUAUCAGUAGUUCUUAUCGAGUAGACUAAGUUUAAUUUAUUAACCGAAAAAUCUUGAAGAUAACACUAAACGUACUGUUCGUGAAGCAUCAUUCUCAGAAAAGACUCAUCUAAAGAUAGUAAUUAAAUAGUAGCAAUCAAAAAAGAAUGAUUUGAAAGCAGACUAAUUGUUCCAAUAAA